CGUUCAAUUGGUUGAAUUUAACGUCUGUUUUCAAUUUUGACAUGUAUCUUGCAAAAUUUAACCAAAAAAUCUCCAGUAAAAUUGCACGAAAUGUUUUCGUUAAAAAAUUUCAGACGAUCGCAUCGUUACUCUCUCCCUGUUCGAAUGACGCCAAACGGUGUGUUAAAAGACAAAAAAUUGGACGAACUACCAAAAGUCGUUGCGAUAGAAUGAGGGAAGCGAUUGAAAAAUGUCCGAAAAUAUUACCUAAAGAAACCUGUCCGUCGUAUGACGCUGAAGAUAAUUCAUCCAUUCUCAAGACUGAGAAUGCAGCAGAUGUGUACCUCAGAUCUCAGAGAAUACUCAGAUUGCGAGCCUCAGAGCUAAUGAAAUUCCUGCAAACUCGAAAGAGUUCGCUCCUGAUUGAUAUGAGAAAACAAUUAGAUGCGACAGGCCUCCAAGAUAUCGAAGACAUGCGGAAGAUCAUCUGCAGUAUUGACAAGAAGAUGAGAGUCCUUGUAGACUUAGACGUCAAGUGUGGCCUUACAAAUAAGUUCAAAGUUCUCAAAUUAACUGAUCAAGCGAGUCAAAAAAUCAAAGUCUCGAACAGAAGCUCAGAAAUGGCCCUCGAGAGUCUUCAUAAAGACUUGGACAAUCUCGUAAAUGAUACCUGUUGCAAAAUAGAUACUAUAAUGAAGACAAUGGCUCAUUGCAAAAAUUGUCAAUCACCAGAGUCUUUGGGGGAAUGUGUGAAGUCAAGGGGAGUCCAAGCGGUUGAAUUACUAGAUCAACUUGAUCAGGAUCUGAAGCGACAAAUCGAAACAUUAGAAAGGACUCACGAUGAUGUCUUAAGUAAACGUAGAUUGAUGUCUAAAACAAUUUUCAAGGAGUAUCAGAAGAAUACGAGUAAUUUGUCUGACGAACUGUCUGAUUUCAUCAGACGUCUGGAGCUAAAAUCAUCCGAUAGGAAAUAAUCAAUUGAUUAAUUUUAUAAUUAUUGUGGAGAAUGAUAGCCUCACCAUC